CCAGUGCCGCCGCCGGUGAAGCCGCCAAGUCGGCCGCAGAGCGGCCUCGUCGUCAAGAGCGUCGUCCGUUCCUCGUUGUUUCUGUCGCGUCGUUCGGGAGCGGAGCGGCCGGCAUUGCUCGGCAUCGGCAACGCGUCGUGUCGUGCUCUCAGCGCGUUUGAAGGAGAAAAAAAAAAGGGGGCAAACGAACGUCGAACAUGAAGUAUAAGAACGCGAAAAGCGAGAGACGAUAGAUAGAAGAAGAAGAAGCGAGAGGAGACCCCGUGUGGUGACCGAUCACAAAGAAACGCGUACGGCGUAGAGCCGGGCCGCAUCGCCCGGGAUCGACCUUUUUUUUUUUUCUUUUUUCGUCUCAUUUCCCUCGCCUCGAGAAGAGCGCAACGCAACGUGCGACUUCUUGUGUUGUGCCCAUUCCGAAUUUUACGUUCGCGGAGGAACUACGACACGACGCGGUCCCUCUUCUUCUCGGCGUCGACUCGGCGUGCUUGGCUCGGAUCGAGAGGAAAAAAAAGGAAUCCCUUACUCGUUAACGAACUGGAGAAUUCGUCCUUUUGUUCUCGUCGCAAUCACACGAUCCUCGAUCUCAUAAAUGCAUCACGAGAAAGACGAUCCUUCGCUGGAAUACUAAUGACACACUGAUAGUCAUUUAUGAAUGUGUCAAGAUGACAUCUAUCUUCCCUUUAUGUGGCAUCAUCGUUAUCCUACUUUACGGUCCGAUCGGAUCUGUAUGCGGGGAGAGACAGGAAUUGGGUAUGUCCUUUACCCGACACCCGCAGCCUCUGGCCGCUCCGUUAAAUGACGACGUAAAUUUUGAGUGCAGCCUCAAUCUUGCCGCGGAACGUUUCGCGUGGCAUCACAGGCCCCUGAAUUCGAACAAAUGGAUACCGCUGUCCCAUCCCACGAACAGCAGCGGCAAAACAUCGCGACACGUUGUCAAUUUUGACAAUGAAUCGAAGACCGGAGACUAUCGUUGUAUCGCGUUCUUUGGUACGAGCGGUUUAGCGUCAGAUCCAGCGAAAUUGACACUCGCGACGAUACAGACAUUUUCUGAUAAAAACGACAUCUUUCUCCAAGUGGCGGAAGGUAACACCAUACCCAUCACGUGUCCCGUACCGUAUUCCGAACCGGAAGCUAUAGUGCAGUUUUACAAGAAUAACGAGAUCGUCGUGAAUGCAAAUAUGGUGAAUAGCAAGACAAUGGUCAUCGAUAAUGUUGGAUUUUCGAACAGCGGAUCGUAUCACUGCACUGUGAGCAAUUACAUAACGCAGCAGACAUUUACGAGUAACUAUAAAACAUUUGUGACAGUUCACACAAACACAACUUUUCAAGCUCCAUAUUUUAUCAAGCAACCGCAGACGGAAUAUAUAGUUCCGCGCGGCAAAAACAUUACGUUGGAGUGUUUCGCCGCCGGUUACCCGGUGCCGCGCAUCACCUGGAGUCGUCUGGGCAGCUCUCUACCGCUGAAAUCGAUACAGUCGUUCAGCGGUCUGACGAUAGUUCACGUGCAGCCGUCUGAUCGCGGGGAAUACGACUGCGGGUGGAGUAACGAGAUCCGGCAGAUCAAAUCUGUGAUCAUCUUGAGGGUCGUAGAGCCACCGAAGGUCACGAGACAACCGAAAGCGUUCACGUUCUCCGAGGGCGGUGAAUUGGAGCUCUCGUGUAGCGUGACCGGCGAGCCGGAGCCGAGCAUUGAGUGGCUGAUCAACGGGAAAUCCUUGGUAUCUAACAAGAAUCAAGAGAUUAGAGGCUCCACUCUUCUCAUAUCCGAAGUUGAGAAGAAGCACGCCGGCAUUGUUCAGUGCGUCGCCAGCAAUGAAUACGGAUCACAUUCGGGAUAUAAUUUAUUGCAAGUCAAUCCGAAGCAGCAUGUCCUCGGUGGCACGACUGAAUCGAGACCGGACUACGGGACUAUGUCGAGGCACAAACAUACCAGGGGCGGUGGUAGGCGCAGAAAUAAAGAAGGAAAGAAGAAGGGCACAGUAAUUUUGAUACCCCCGAAUCAGCCCAAUGUCACAAGAUUAUCCGACGUUUCUGUCAUGGUAAGAUGGUCGGUGCCGGAAAACAACGGUUUACCCAUACAAUUCUUCAAAGUACAAUAUCGAGAACUCGGCCCGAAGAUGAACGGCAAACAGACCAAGUGGAUGACGGCCAAUUCCGAAAUACCGAAUCACGUGCGAUCCUUUGAAGUGACCGACUUGCAGCCCGACCAUACUUAUCGAUUUAGAAUCGCCGCGGUGUACUCGAAUAACGAUAACAAAUUGAGCACGAAUUCCGUGCGUUUUCAUCUUAAUAGGGACACUGGCAUUGAGAGCAAUAGAAUGCCGAUACCUUUAUUGACUAAUACCGAAGCGCUUGGACCGCAUCAAGUAUUGUUGGUUUGGCAAAAUCCCGACAAAUCGGCUAAAAUUGACGGAUUCUACAUAUAUCAUCGGGCUUCUACUACAGCCGGCGAAUAUCUUAAAACCACCGUUGAGGGAAAAGAUGCCUACAACAUGACCAUCUCUCACUUACAAUCUGAAACUGUCUACGAAUUCAAGAUCCAGAGUUUUUCCGUGGAUGCGGCGUCGGAAUUUUCCCAUAUAUUACGGCAGAAAACUGGAAAAAGCAUCGAGGAACAUCCGGUUCAGCAAGUGAUAGCUGAAAAUAAAUUGAGACCGAGCGAAAGCAACAAGAAUGUCAGUAUUCAGAUUAUAAUCGGUGGAGUAUUUGGAGGGGCUGUCAUUUUAGUUGCUCUCGCCUUUGUAGCGGGAUGUUUAUAUAAAAGAGCAAAGUAUAAACAAAAUCAGGAAUCGCAAAGUGAAGGUAAAUCGAUAACAAAUGGACGAGUAAUGAAUGGUGGAGUUACAGAUUCCAAAAUUAACAUUACGUCUAAUCCUCUUGCCGGUCUUGAUGCAUCCGAAGAUAUUAUCCAGCCUAAGAGCGGGCAACAGUCGUCGAUGGAAAUGACAUCGUUUCUAAACGGCCAAAACAACAAUGGCAGCAACAAUGGACAUAACAACGGCGACGCAGCUGGAUCUGACGUAAACGUCACGUCGCAUAGCGAGCCAACGUCUCUGCGCCAAGGGUCACUGCCUAUCGAACAACGUUUGUGAGAAUGAUAUCGCAGCUAUGUCUCUGUCUCUUGUAGAUGGUAAGAUUAUGACUGGAGGAUCUCGUGCUCGAAAAACGGAUGCCGACAAGGAUCGCACGAGCCUUUAACGAAUUUUAUUUUAUAAUAUGAAAGGAAUGCAAGAGAACACAUAUGACUUAUCUCGACGCGAGUUAUAUCUCGAUGAGAAACUUAACUUAUAGGCUGUAUUUAGCUAUAUUGCAAUGAAGAGACUGUUGCAAGACAUUUACAGGGUGUCUUUAAUAAUAUGCUCAAAUGUAUCGUUGCUGUAAAUUGGGAUUAAUUUGGCGUUGCUUUUGCAGGAAGAUAAGAUGAAUCAUUUUAUAUAUUCUUUGCUAAAUUCGAUAUUUUUGGAUGUUUAAUAUAAUUUAUUAUUGAUAAUGUAAUAUAUUGUAAAGAGAAAUAUUUUCUUUUACAUUCAUCAUUAAAUAAGUAAGAUUAAUUUUUUACAAUAGUCAAAAUAGUCCCACUUUAUAGUAUAUAAGAUUAUAAAUGAUCUGAUUGCAUAUUCUUUGUCUUUCCCUUUUUAUAAAAAAAAAAAUUAUUAAGGAUCUUGUCCGUUAAGUAAGCAUGAAUUCAAUUAAUGUACCUGCAAAGUAAUUGUGACUUUACUGUUACAUCUACUUAACGGUGACAAGCUAGUGAGCACUGAACAAUUUAGAUUUUUAUAUCUCUUUUACAGGCAACUUUUGAGAAAAAUUUGUAAUGAAAGAUAUAUAUUUUUGAAAUACUAUACAUAGGAUAUAUAAAAUAUGUACAAUUACAUUAACAAUUAAAAUCAUCAAUGUUGAAAAAAGAAAGUAGUGUCGACUUUACGACAGUUACUAUAGAAAUAUCUUUUUAAUGAAUAAUGAAUAUAAUGGUUGAGUCAUAUAUUGUUAACAUUAUCAUGUAUGCCUGUUAUUUUUAUAAAUGUUUUCCUAGCUGCAAUAGAGAUUGAAUAAUUUAUUAAUGUCAUUCACGACUAAUGCAAUAUUAUGUCAUAUCUCUAUGACGAUGAUUUGUUAUCAAAAUUAUAUAAUGAAAUGUUAUAAGGUAUUGUGAGGAAGAAGUGAUAAAAAAUUAUAUCUUAAUGAUUGAUAUUUGUGUAUAACAAAAAAAAAAGACGAAAAUUGUAAAUACAAAUGUGUAUAAAAUUUUUUAAAUAAAUUAUUUAAUAUUUGGCUCAUAAAAAUAUUGCAAUCGCGUCUGUGUGAAUCGAUGAUAAAGCUAGUGAAAAUAUACAUUGUACAUACUAGGAUAGUUUUAAACGACACGAAUGAACAUAUGUGCCUUACAUCUUGCCUGAGAAUAAUAAUUAAUAAAAAAAUUAUUAUUAUUUAUACAUCUGUAUACUAGUAUUUUGUGUACUUAAUUUUUAUAAAAUAAAUUAUAUUUGAAAGAGAGA